AUGCAUCAAGAUUCAAAUCUGACAUCUUCUCAUCUUUUAGAAGAAGUACUAGAGGAAGAACCAGUAGAUGAGUGUGAGGGACAAGUGAUUGCAAUUACGGAGGAGCAAUAUGAACAGCUGCGACUUCAAUACGGCGACAACUUGGAAAAUAUGAGCGUCGUUUAUGUGGAUGACUCCGAUGUCGGGAAGAAUGAAAUGGUUGGUGACGUGAAUGAUCCAACUGUACACGCUACCUCUGUUUUGCAGAGCUGA